GGGGCGGGAAGGGAAGGAGAAGGAAGGGAAGGAAAGGAAGAAGGAGGGCGCUGCUGGGCUCCUCAGUGGCGGCGGCGUUAGCACCGCGGGCAUGGACGGCCACGGGUAGGGCCCCCCUCGCGGCGGGGAGGCUGCGGCCCCUCCGCGCCCAGCGAGGACGGCCUCCGGAGCCCCAGCAGCAGCAGCAGCCCCGCGGCAAUAUGCCAGCUCCUGAGCAAACCCCUUUAGAAGAAGCGCUGCAACAGACCACCCAGGAAUCUUCCACAAGCCCAGCCAUGGAAACAGAGGCUACUGCCACCACUAUCCUAGCUUCUGUAAAAGAACAGGAGCUCCAGUUUCAAAGGCUCACCAGAGAGCUUGAGGUGGAAAGGCAAAUUGUUGCCAGUCAGUUAGAAAGAUGCAGGCUUGGAGGAGAAUCACCGAGCAUUGCAAGCACAAGCUCUACUGAGAAGUCAUUUCCUUGGAGAUCUGCAGGAAUCAGGAUCCAGUUAAAUGACCCUGAUAAGAAAACUAGUGAUGACGAACCUUUUAGAGACCGAGUGCCCAAACUCAAAGGCAUUGCUGCACCAGCUGUUAUCUGGUGCCAGAGAUAUGGAAUAAAAUAUGAAUUACCGUACCAUGUAGAUAUAAUACUUGAUUAUGAAACUGUACUUCGAUUUGCCAACACAGGAAUCUGGGAAAAAAGGGAGAGACAGACUGCAGCAUUCCUUCAGUUGGAUCAAACAAUAACCAUUGGUGAGAAGUUCAAGGCUGAAGGACAAGCUUUGGUUCAGACUUCAUCAAACAUAGCUGCGAACAGAGCCAUGAGACGUGUAAGUUCUGUUCCAUCAAGGGCCCAGUCUCCCUCAUAUGUAACGACCACAGGAGUGUCUCCAUCGAGAGGGUCACUGAGAACUUCUUUAGGAAGUGGCUAUGGUUCACCAUCUGUCACUGAGUCACGAUCUCUGAAUUCUAAUGUGUUCUCGUCCACAACAUUACCUGUACAAAGACCAGCAUCUCCAUUUAGUACACAAAGACCUGCUUCUCCAGUGCCAGUGCGUCGUAUUGGUUCAGUAACAUCUAGGCAAUCAACUAAUCCCAAUGGAGGAACUCCUCAGUACCAACCCACAGUCAGAGUUGGUUCGCCUCUUAACCUAAAUGAUUCACAAACAAGGGUAGCUUCUCCACCUCAAAGUCAAGUUGGAUCUUCUUCACCAAAGCGUUCUGGUAUGACUGCAGUUCCACAGCAUUUGGGAACAACUUUACAACGGACACUUCAUGACAUUGAGCAAUAUGCACAACAGUAUGAUAUCUAUGAAAGGAUGGUUCCACCCCGCCCAGAUAGCCUUACAGGCUUGAGGAGUUCAUAUGCCAGUCAACACAGUCAGCUUGGACAAGAGCUGCGUUCAACUGUAUCUCCUGAUCUCCACAUCACCCCCAUAUAUGAAGGCAGAACCUAUUACAGUCCUGUGUACCACAGUCCAAGUCAUGGAACAGCUGAUGUACACCAAGGAUCCCAAACAGCAUUAUAUCGAACUGGAUCAGGUGUUGGAAAUUUACAAAGAUCAUCCAGUCAGCGUAGCACGCUUACAUACCAAAGAAAUAAUUAUGCUCUGAAUACAACAGCUACCUACGCAGAACCCUACAGGUCACUUCAUUAUCGACUUUCUGAGUCCAGUUACAACAGGAUGCAACAUGCAGCCCCUGCUGAUGAUGGCACAACCAGAUCUCCUUCAAUAGACAGCAUCCAGAAAGAUCCCAGGGAGUUUGCAUGGCGGGAUCCAGAAUUGCCAGAGGUCAUUCACAUGCUUCAACAUCAGUUCCCAUCAGUUCAAGCUAAUGCUGCAGCCUACCUACAGCAUCUGUGUUUUGGAGAUAACAAAGUAAAAACUGAGGUAUGUAGAUUAGGAGGAAUCAAACAUCUGGUUGACCUAUUGGAUCAUAGAGUUCUUGAAGUUCAAAAGAAUGCUUGUGGUGCAUUACGGAACCUGGUGUAUGGAAAAUCUACAGAUGAAAAUAAAAUAGCAAUGAAAAACGUUGGUGGGAUACCUGCACUUUUACGAUUGCUAAGAAAAUCAAUUGAUGCAGAAGUAAGAGAACUUGUCACAGGCGUUCUCUGGAACUUGUCUUCAUGUGAUGCAGUAAAAAUGACAAUCAUUCGAGAUGCUCUGUCAACACUGACAAACACUGUGAUAGUUCCUCAUUCUGGGUGGAAUAAUUCUUCCUUUGAUGAUGAUCAUAAAAUUAAAUUCCAGACUUCUCUAGGUCUGCGCAACACAACAGGAUGCCUGAGGAACCUAAGCUCUGCAGGCGAAGAAGCACGGAAACAAAUGAGAUCGUGUGAGGGCCUGGUUGAUUCGUUGUUAUAUGUGAUCCAUACAUGUGUGAACACUUCUGAUUAUGACAGCAAGACUGUGGAAAACUGUGUGUGUACAUUAAGGAACCUUUCCUACCGUCUAGAGCUUGAAGUGCCUCAGGCCCGCCUGCUGGGUAUUAAUGAAUUGGAUGAUUUUUUGGGGAAGGAAUCACCAAGCAAAGAUUCAGAACCAAGCUGCUGGGGGAAAAAGAAGAAGAAAAAGAAGAAAACUUUGCAAGAAGAUCAGUGGGAUGGAGUUGGCCCGAUACCAGGAUUGUCAAAGUCUCCUAAAGGUGUGGAAAUGCUAUGGCACCCUUCUGUAGUAAAACCAUAUCUAACUCUUCUAGCUGAAAGCUCCAACCCAGCUACUUUGGAGGGUUCUGCAGGAUCUCUCCAAAAUCUUUCAGCAGGCAAUUGGAAGUUCGCAGCCUAUAUCCGAGCUGCUGUUAGAAAAGAGAAGGGGCUUCCUAUUCUUGUGGAAUUGCUGAGAAUGGACAAUGACCGAGUUGUUUCCUCUGUGGCAACUGCUUUGAGAAAUAUGGCAUUAGACGUUCGCAACAAGGAGCUUAUUGGUAAGUCAUCACUGAAGGUUGUCAAGGCAGCAGCCCAGGUGCUGAACACAUUAUGGCAAUAUCGUGAUCUCCGUAGCAUUUAUAAAAAGGAUGGUUGGAAUCAAAAUCAUUUUAUUACCCCAGUGUCAACACUUGAGCGUGACAGAUUCAAGUCACAUCCCUCCUUGUCUACAACGAAUCAGCAAAUGUCACCUAUCAUUCAGUCUGUUGGCAGCACAUCUUCAUCACCGGCGCUAUUAGGAAUUAGAGACCCUCGUUCUGACUAUGAUAGGACCCAAACUUCUAUGCAGUAUUACAAUAGCCAAGGUGAUGGGAUUGUACAUAAAGAUAUCUAUACUGGGUCCAGCAAACCUUCACCAGUUUAUAUCAGCUCCUAUUCGUCACCAGCAAGAGACCAAAAUAGGCGUUUACAGCAUCAGCAGUUGUACUACAGCCAAGAUGAUUCCAACAGAAAGAACUAUGAUGCAUACAGGUUAUAUUUACAGUCCCCACAUAGCUAUGAAGAUCCAUACUUUGAUGACCGUGUCCACUUCCCAGCUACUGCAGAUUAUACGACACAGUAUGGACUGAAAUCAACCACAAACUAUGUAGACUUCUAUUCCACCAGGCGACCUUCUUAUAGAGCAGAACAAUACCCUGGGUCACCAGACUCAUGGGUGUAGCAUUAGAAAAUCACAAAAAAGGAAAACCGUUAUCUUUCUAAUUUUGCUUGAGAAGAGAUUGAGUGAUGAGCUUGUUGUUUUGAGGGAGAAAUGUGAAAGUGAAUUACAAAGAAGGAAACCAAGGAAGAGCUCCCCCCCCCCCCGGGAGAGUAUUUGGAAGAUGGGAGAAAAUAUGGAAAGGGAGAAUUUUGCUCUUUGUAGAUGUUAGACCUAGUUACUUGUAGUCCCUAUAGUCUGGUGAAGGUGUGGGCAAUGUGACAAAAGGUUUGAGAAUUGAGGGGAAAAUGGAUUUGGGAAAUGUGUAGGUCAGAUCAAAUUACAGAUGAUUUUUUUUAAAAAAAAUGUGAAUAAAAGUCUUGUUCUCAUAGUUUGUACAGAAAAAACUGGAUGCCCUUCUUGUUUUACUGCUACUACUAAAUGUCAAGAUUGUAUGCUAUCAUGUCCUGUAAAUUUCUUUUUAGUUGGUGUAAAUAUGGAAAUGCCACAUUGGUUGGAAGUGCCAUCAUUUGUAAUGCCGUGUGUCAUUUUAAAACAGACAUCUUUUAAAAAGAGGAAGAGACUGAGAGAGAUUGAAAGGGGGCAAAAGACCAUACAAGCAACUGUUAUAAAUAAAUAUCAUUUUGUUUUUAAAAGGAAUGGUGUAAUUUUGAAGCACAAACUUCUGUCCAGUAUAUCUGCACCUUUUUCAUUCCCUGCCUCUUUCACAGAAUAAUUCACUGCCAUUUUUAAUGCCUGUUGGGGGAAAAAAUAAAUGUGGAUGCUUCAUCCAUGGAACGUAAUUCCCUGUUCAUUUUUUAUUUUCCAUGUUUAUUGUUAAUGAACAAAUACAGCAGAUGUAAAUGCUUGUUGUGAGUUGUAAAAUAAGGUUAAAUAUAUAUCCAAGCAUUUGACCACUUUCUCAGUUUUGUGGAGUUCAUAUUCAUGAGUCCAGUACCUUUCACAGUUCAUUGUGUUUUUUAUCUUCCAAAAUUAAGAAGCAGAAUAAAGUUCAUUUCACUUAUUUUUCCCUUCAAUAAUCUGUCCACCUGGCGCAUAUUCCUCUUACUUCAUUUAUAAUGCUUUUAUAAAUGAGUAUUAAUUGACUGCAUUCAUUUUCCUCCUAGCACACUAGUAACAGCUAAACCUUUAGACCACAGUACUAAUUAAUGUGGAUUUAUUUGUUGUUUAUCUACAUCUGUACUGGAAGUUUUCUACAGGAAGAAUUCAAGAUUAACUCCACAGACACUGAGGAGACGUAAAGGAACUAAAUUAUCUGUGUUUCCAAAGGGUUAGUGGAAACUGUUCUUAAUUCCUGGCUAUUUACCUAUACUUAUUGUUGCUUUAAAUCAUACCUACAAAAUGAAUUUAUAUUCUACCCCUAGUCCACUGAAUCGAACAUAGCAUUCCUGCUAUCCUAGGCAAGGACAUUGUCCCCAGCGAGGCACCCACCAGAUCCCAUAAAGCUUGCGCAAAAUGUUUCUAUCCUGUGCCUUCAGACCAAGCCCUGGUAAUUUUCUUUGAUAUAUAAACAAAAAAAAUCUGUAAAUAAUUUGUUCUGAAGGUUAGUGAUUUCUUCUAUACAGUAUCAUAGGUGCAAAAUCUUUUAUGUUGUUGCUUUUAUGAAUACCCCGUCAUUGGAGUGGUGCCCUUUGUAAAAGGGCUUAAAUUAUAAGCUGUGUCUUUACAAGAGGAUUGGGAAUCAUGUGGUUUUCCAGAUGUUGGACUGCAGCUCCCAACAGGCAUAACCAAUAGUGGAGAACACUGGGAGCUGCCAUUCAACAUCAACAUCAAGAAGGCUCCAUGGUUCCCACCACUUCUUUAGAAUGUGGCAUGAUGAAGCUCACAACUUGGUCCAGAAAGCUGUUUCAGUAUUCAGCUUCAUCAAUAGUAACCUGAUUUUCCAGGCUCACACUGUUGACUUGUCAGCCUGCAUCAGGGAGCAGCAAAGCCAUUCAAGGGCAUUUGAUUAUGGACAAGAGCUCAAGAAUCACGUUGGAAGUCCAAGGUAGGGAAAACAAGUUUUUUUUUCCUGAAUGGGCAGUGGAUGAGUAGUGAGUAAUGUGUGGAACAAACAUAUAGGUCAUAGUAGGACAUUUUUAUCCUCAGUCAACUUAGUCUUUUCUUGCAUUUCUCUAUUUGUAAUGUCUGUCUACCAUCUACCUCUGGGAAAUGUAUUGAUAAAAGAAACAAAACCACUUAAAAAAUUAAAACAAUUGUCUUUUAAUAGCAGUUUCUGAUGGGACUGAAUCCACAAGAUGUGGAUUAAAUGUUAAUUUAUGUAUUUACAUAUUUAUUCUUCAAUUAUGAAGAUUCCUUUACUGUUUUAAUCACAAUGCCAAACAAUUGGCUAGCAAAAUCAGCACAAGAUGUAUGGUCAAAAUCAUCAAGUAUAAACUCAUAAAAUGGUAUGUCUUCCUGUUCUGCACUAUUGUUGAUGGGGAGAAGCAGCCGUCUAAAUUCAUCCCACAGACACUUCAGGGAGUUAUUCUGCGUAUUAUGUGUUGUGUUUCUUUUCUAGUCUGGGAUCCAUUAAUUGGUUCACUUCAAGGUGUUCUGCCGCCUUUCAACAUUACUUUCUAUAGUGUUCAAAUUGACUGUAUAAUUUAUAUACUUUCUGGAUCAUGCAACAUUUUAAUUACACAAAUGAAAUAUAAUGGCAAGUUUCAAUUUUUUUCUAUUCAAUGUGUUUUGGUUCUCUCUCCACCUUCCAUUUUAAUGCAGGAGUAAAUUCACAUGUUGAUCUCUCCAGUGGGAACAAUUACAGUCAAGAAAAACAGUUGUUACUGCUGACAGCCUUUGGACUGGGGAAAUGCUCUUUUGGAAAGUAGGAUGUCACAAUAUGAAAAGGGAGACACAAUAUUCUGUAAACUCACACUUAGAUUCUCUGAUGACUGUAUGGUUUGGGGAAAUAAGCCAAAAUCUUUUACCUGUUUCUUUUUAAAGUUUAAUAGUUAUCAAUAACUAUUUCAUAUUUAUGUUCAUUUUUUCAUUGAUUAUUAUCCCAAAUGGAGAAUUCACAAGAUCAGCUUCUAAUUAGGUAAAGAAGCUGGGUCACAGAGAGAACCACUGGUUCAAGCAAACUACAUCAACUCACCUUUAAUUCCCCAGAUAAAAAUCCCUAACAUUAUGCACAGUGCCUGUAACUUACAAAACUAUUUCAAAAUAUUGCGUAGCUUUGACACUAGCGUGCUAUAAUGCGAUGCAAUCUCAGUUGCUGGAAGGACAAUAUGACAUAAGACUCUGUACCUGUUCUUCUGAGGAUGCACAAAUGUACAGUACAUGGUAUUUUACUAUAAAGUUUAUCAGGAGGGUAGAGGAAAGUUGAUCCAUCCAAUAUUCAUAUCCUUUCCAGGCCAUUCUGACAAGUUGCUAUUUUCAAUUUGUGUCAAAGGAUGGAAUACUAAAAUCACCCCCAAAUUUGUGAUGUUUUUGAAUAUCUUAAAAACUAGACCAACAAUGUUAUUAAAACAGUAAUUGUAUUAGUUCUGUGUUCUUUUGUAUAAACUACCUUUCUGUAAAUAGUAUAUGAUAAAGAGAAUAAAUAAAUCUACCACCACUGCUCAAAGGAUGGGGCCAAGAGAGUUACCCAUGCUAACUUAUAUGGGGUUGCAAUGAUAAUGCAUCCACACUCAUCCUCCCAAAAUGUCAUGAAAUUUUGUUCUGCUUGUUAAUGGGUUACUGGCCCUUUCCAUUAAACCACAGUCUAUGUUGUGGAAAGAAUUUGACAGGUGGCUAAAAAUUAACUGACAUGAAUAGCCCAAUCCUGAAAAUAUACUUUCCUGCACAAUGUGCUUGUAUUUUGGAUAAUAAAACAGAUUUUGGUAUUUA